AUAUAUAUAUUAUUAUUUCUAUCUUCCAGGUCAUCUCACCUCAAAUCCUCGAGUACAGUGGGAUCUGGCCGUCGGAGGAGUUUAUUCCGGCUCGAAAGCUGACCCGGAGUUUGAGCGCGCAGUUGUGCCAGCCCGUGGUCUUCGAGUACACGCGGGGGCGAGUCGGGAACCUGUUCGCCCCUCCGGACAUUCCCGAAAACGUCCUCAACAUCCACCGAGCCAUCCUGAACAUCUUGCAGAUCAGCAUCAAGAAGAACCAGAAUAUCUACGAGUUGCAAGAGAAUGGGUUGGAAGGUGUCUGUCACUCCAGCUACACCAUCCAGGAGGACAAGAAGGCCAGACAAAUUGCCGUCACGAAGGCCAAGGAUCUGGACAACUGCCAGGAAAAGGUCUCGGAGACAAAAGGCAACGAACUCUCCCAGCAGUGUGACACCUGCCAACAGAAGGGCAAGAAUCUUCGGAGUGUUUCCACGUACACCUACGCUUUGAAAGGCGUGGACGGGGGAGCAGAGAUAUCUGAGGUCGUCAGCCAGGAGACUCAUCAGUUCACGCCGUUUAAUGAAUUGGACGGUGCAGCCAGCACUGAAUCAAGGCAGCAUCUGUACUUGGUGGAACGCAAAGACCAGGCCCAACACAUGCCCAGCGACCCCAUGGAGAGGCGGGCGGGUCUGAGGUAUCAGUUCUCCAACGAGCUGUCGCAAAUACCAAUGCAGUUGGUCAAGACCUCAGCUAACGAUACCAAGGUUGCCAAAGUGCUGGACGAGUUGGCGCACCUCAACCAGGAGAAAGCUCAUCCAGAUGCUCCCCAGAUGUUCCUGCAGCUCAUCCAGCUGUUACGUUCGGCCGACCCACACGUCCUUCAAAGCAUUUGGAAAAAGAACGCCAACAAACAGAGCCACAGUCUGUUUUGUCCUGAUUCCAGGCAGUGGAUUCUGGAUGCCAUCCCCACCGCAGCAACGCAUGAAGCCGUGCAGUUCAUCCAGGCCAAGAUUGAGCAGGAGGAGUUCUCCCAGUUGGAAGCUGCCCAGGCUAUCGUCUUUGUCCUGCACUCCAUCAAACCCGAUUGCCACGGUGUGGACAAUGCCACGAUGCUGUUGUCCAGCCCCUACAUGCAGAGGAACCCUCUCCUACGUAAAAUCACCUUGCUGGCAUAUGGAUCAUUGGUGCAAAGGUACUGCACCACCAUCCGGAUCUGUCCCGAUGAAGCUCUCCAGCCGCUCCACGAGCUGGUGGUGGAAGCCGGGAGCCGGGGUCACGAAGAGGAGACGGUCCUCGGCCUGAAGGCCAUCGGCAACGCGGGCCAAGCGGCCAGCCUGAAGCGCAUCCAGAAACUGCUGCCCGGCUUCAGCAGCGGGGCCAGCGGCGUCUCCAACAGGAUCCAUGCCGCCGCCGUGAUGGCCCUGCGCAACAUCGGCAAGAAGGAGCCGCGCAAGGUGCAGAACAUCGCCAUGCAGUUGGUGAUGAACACUAGGAACCGUGCUGAAAUGCGUAUGAGGGCCUUCAUUGUGCUGAUGGAGACCAAACCAUCCCUGGCCUUGGUCACAACCGUGACGGACUCGAUGAGCAGAGAUACCAAUGUCCACCUGACCAGCUUUAUAUAUUCCUACAUGAAAUCACUGGGGGGCUCCUCAGUGCCAGAGCUCCAGUCACUAGCCGCCAUUUGCAACAUCGCAGUCAAAAGGCUGAGCCAAAGGUGCGACAGACUCAGCUACAGGUACAGCAAAGGAUUUCACUUUGGACUGUUUAGAGAUAAGUUUUUGGCUGGAAUCGAGGGCAACCUUUACCUCAUCAAGAAGUCGGAAGGGAUUCUCCCGACGACCAUGAUCGCCAACUUCAAGUCCUAUGGCCUCGGCGUGUCCAGCGACUUUUUGGAGGUUGGUAUCCAGAUGGAAGGAAUACACCACGCCUUGUCCAAAGGCGGCCAAUCUUACGGGAGAGGACUGAGGAACAAUGACACCGAACACAUUGUGGGAAAGGUGUCCGACUGGAAACCGAUGCCCCCAAUUAAAACCAUGGCCAGCGCCUACAUCAAGUUGUUUGGCCAAGAGAUCGCUUUCGUCGAACUCAACCAGAAUGGCAUCCAAGAGCUCAUGAAGGCAAUCAACAACCGAGCAAGAAGGGACGGGGUUAUCACGAGAUACAUUAACCAGCUCCAGCGGGGAAUAUCAACAAAAUGGACCAAAUCCUUGUUGGUCUCGGAGGUCCGGCACAUGGUGCCGACAUCAGUCGGUCUGCCCUUGGAACUUGCAUUCUAUUACACUGUGGUCUCAGCCAUCACGGCACAGGCCAAAGUGAAGUUCGAUCCAACCCCAACCAAUUUAACGAUGCCUCAGUUCCUGAACAGUAGCAUUCAGAUUGAAUCUCAGCUGGUUGCAAGCAUUUUGUGUUUGUAUCUGGAGGGCAUGGAGAGGUGCCGAGGAGAAGCAUUGAUUCUAAUCUUGUUCGCACUGCUUGCUUGUAACGGCCGGGGGGCUCACAAUCUCUCUGUCUCUCUCCCCAGUUCUGUGAAGGACGUGAUAGGCAUCAUGGGGAUAAACAGCCCUCUGAUCCAGGCUGGAGUGGAAGUACAACUGAAAACCAGCACCCUCGUCCCCCUGAACGUCACUGGCAAAGUAAACUACAAGAAGAGGAACGUUCAAAUAGAGACACCCCCUCUGCAACGGGAAAGGCAACUGCUCUCCAUCAGAACACGGUCUUUUGCAUUCUCGAGAAACAUCGAGGACUUGGCCGCAGCGAGAAUCACACCACUGGUUCCAAGUGGCGAGUCUGGAGUGAGGAUCAGGAUGUGGAAACUGGCAAAGAAUUCAACCGGAGAUGACCAAGACAUGAUGGUAAGUACAUGUUCUUGGUGCUUGGAGAUGGAAGGAACUGCAGAUGCUGGUUUACAAAAGAAAAGACACAAAGUAGGGAGAGUGUUGCCUCUUGCCAUUCCCAAAGGGUCUGUCUGCUCCGCUGAAGACCCUCCAGUCAUCCCAAGCCCAACCGUCCAGAAGAGCUGUGUGAAGGCCAACACCUUUGGAUUUCAAAUGUGUUACGAGACCAGCGUGGAAGAGACCGGCCUCAGCACCAACUCCCCCUUGUACAAAAUGGUCGGAGAUAAAUCGAUGGACAUCGCAAUCAAACCAGGUGAAGGCAGCGUGAAAUUACUCCAGCAUUUUGUGUCUAUCUUCAGUGUAAACCAGCAUCUGCAGUUCCUUCCAACACACCGAGAUUUAAACGUGUUUUGUUUUCCAGUUAUUACCUCAACUCCAAUCAAAAAGUUACAAAUCGAAUUGCAGAUGCAAACAGGAGACAAACCUUUAGCAAAAGUCAAUCGUCUGAUGAAGAUGAAGAUGAACGACACAGAUUCCUCCGAAACCAUGCAAGCCGAGGGCAAGGUGGUCCUUCUCCGACUGAAGAAAAUCUUCCAUGUUAAAGAUAAGAUUCAGGAGGGACGCUUGCACAGAUACACCACGAGCAGCUCAAUGUCAAGUUCGAGCAGAAGAUCAACGAGAAGAUCGGCAAGGCGUAAGGAAGGGCGCCCAAGGCCUCACGGUAGCCACACACCGAUGGCAAGGGACAAAGAGUUGGAGCACAGCAGGCAUGGCAAGCACCACGUGGAAUGUCGCACCAAGCACGGCAGACGUUCUACGUCAAGUUCCCAAUCGUCAAGCAGAAGGUCAAUGAGAAGGUCAGAGGCCAACUCGAGAUCCCGUGACGGCCACGCAUUAUCAGCAGAGCUCAGACGUGGCAAGCACCUGGAACGCAAGCAGAAGGGGCGACGUGGACAGCCUGGUAGACACACGUCUGAGAACGAGCGAGGUGCAUCUGCUCAGCAAGAGUCGUCCAUGCAGAUGACAGGCUGGUCCCUCUCUUCCUCAUCCUCAUCCUCGGCCGUGACCAGGGGUGAGCGCCGAGCGCCCACCCAGCGUGGCUCCUCGAGGAGGUCCAGGAGACGUCAAGCCUCCAGUUCGUCCUCGUCGCAGUCCAGUUGCCGCAGUUCCAGCUGCAGGAGGAGAGUGCCCGGGAUCCCCGUGAGGAACAGCACCUUGCCUUCGUCUGCCUCCCUCAGCCGCUCGAGUUCCCUUUCCCCCUCCUCUUCCUCCUCCUCCUCGUCCUCCUCAACGUCACGGAGGGCGCCGCGGAACAGCGAGCGGACCGGGCGCUCCCCCUCACGCCGGUCGUCCUCCAGCCAGUCCAGCUCGCGCCGCUCUCCAUCCGCGGAGUCGAGACGCCGGCGCAGCCAUCACGCCGCCCGCAGACAAUCCGGCUCCUCACAGAGGCAGGAGGACACCUCCAGCAGUUCGUUCUCCCAGCACCGCAACACGAUGGAGGUAUGGCCAACGGCGGCAAGUCACGCCGGCACCGGCAAGCCGUGUAAAAGUGGCAGAUGCAUCAAAACCCAAACCAAGACCUACACAACCACCAUCCACCAAGUCAAGAAGCAUCGUCGGACCUGGGUGUCUCAUCCUGAAUCACCAAAAUCGGGAGGAAAUGUCUUCCAACUUCACUUCAAGCCGACUUCUAUCAACACGUCACAAAACAGAGGGCAGUUGAGUUUCGGGUCAUCGUUGGAAUCCAGUUCAGAAUCCAGAACGAGUUACUCAAAAUCAUUCUCAUCAUCUUCAUCUUCAACCUCAUCGUCAUCUUCAUCACAGCAGUCCACGUUCCUUGGAGAUUCGGCGUCACCAAUAUUCUCCUUGUUCACUCGAGCCAUCACCACCAAUAACAAUGAGAGAGGCUACCAGACCAAGGCCUACCUGGACAGUUCAAUGGAGCAGCGAUCUUUACACGUUUUAGUGGAUGAGCUACAAGAAGGUGGGAAGUGGAGAGCUUGCCUCGAUGCCGAGAUGCCCAAUCUUCAUCGAGCAGUGGGUGUGAUGAAAUGGGGCAAAAACUGCCAGGAUUACAAGAUUGCAGCCAAAGCUACGACUGGUCACUUUAAACGUCACCCAGCCAUGCAGCUCAAAGCAAAAUGGGAGAAAAUACCUCAGUCCAUAAAAGAUGCCGCAGAAAUGAUUUCUGACAACCUGGCGGGUUUUGCCUUCAUGCUGGGAUUCUCUGAGAGACACGUCAAGAGUCCGUCUCACCAACUGUCCGUGGUGGCCGCAGCCACUUCUCAGCGAACCCUUGACAUUCUGGUGAAAACGCCAAAGCAUAUAUUCAGCCGACAAGCUCUCCUCAUUCCUGCACCCCUCCCCUUUGAUGUCACCUCCCCAUCGGUCCAAAAAAGAGGCCUGCAAGUCCUUGCUGAUUUACCUGCCAUGGUCUCAACAGCAUUCGCAGGUACGUCACUCUCGUUUGUCCUGCUUCUAAACUCAACAUCUCUUUUGUUGUCGUCUCUUUGCCCAGCUGAGUGCACCGUCGUUCAGGACAUGUUCAGUCCGUUUAGCGAGAACAGCUUUAAGUAUCAAAUGCCUGAGAACUGUGGCCACGUAUUGGUCCAAGACUGCACCUCGGACCAGAAGUUCCUGGCGCUGAUAAAACGUAACGGAGAAUCGCUGACUGUGCAACUAACUCUCCCCCACAGUGAGAUAAUGAUGGAGUCGACAUCCAGAGGGCGUCCCCAACUGACAGUCAAUGGGAAAAAGGUGUCAAUGGAAAACCUUCCUUUGACAAGCUUACGUGAGUGCCUCAAUGAUACUUUUUUUGUAUCAAAAAUAAUUUAUUUGAUUGCGAACACGAUAAUCAGCCAUGAUCAUAUUGAAUGGCGGUGCUGGCUCGAAGGGCCGAAUGGCCUACUCCUGCACCUAUUGUCUAUUGUAAAAGGCUCUGACUGUCUACCCUAUCUAUGCCUCUCAUCAUUUUGUAUACUUUCAUUAGAUGUGUUGAUCUCAUUAUUUCCAGGGUCGGUUUCCAUCGAGUGGAUUAAUGGUGGCUUGAAGAUAACAGCUCCAGAACAUGGUCUUCAAACCCUCUUCUUUGAUGGCAAAAUGAUUAAGGUCACCCAGACGCCGUGGAUGGUUGGGACGACGUGCGGAUUGUGCGGCAAAGGAAACGCCCAACAGAGCAACGAAUAUCAGCUACCAAACCGCCACCGAACCAAGGAGGUUCUCAGAUUUGCACACUCGUGGUUGAUGACGGGGGAAAGCUGCAAAGACGGCUGCAAACUGACGAGGAGUACCGUGAAACUGGAUGAACCGGUCACAGUGCACGGGCAGGAGUCCAAGUGCUACUCCAUCGAGAAGGUUCUACGCUGCCAAAGUGGAUGUUCACCGGUGAAAACUGUCCCUGUGGCUUACGGCUUCCACUGCCUGCCAGCGGAUUCGAACAUGAACCCGACUGAUGAGCAGCUGAAGUCCAUCAGCUUUUCGCAGAAGACUGAAGACCUGGAGAGCAGAAUUGAGGCCCAUGUCUCAUGCUCCUGUUCUUCUGACUGCAAAUGAGAAGCGUUUGAGGAAUAUCUGCCCCCAUCGUAACAAAGCCCUUGACUAGGCGAAUGCCAUCGAUGCAAUUAAAGAGGUGAAACGCUGUCGUGAAACAAAAACACACCCAAUCAUUCAAAAUGACUUAGUUUUAGAUGAACUGUCAACUGUCGAAUUCAAUAAAUCAGCAUUUAGCAAGCAA